AUGAACAACCUAACCGAGGCCUUCAGGCACUCCAUGGCUGAAGAUGAGAGCCCUGAAGACGACAGUGUGGUGAGCAAUGACUUUUCCACCACAGUGGGUGCCCUCAUCCUAGGACUGGUCUUCCUCCUUGGCGUACCCGGAAACUUCUUCAUUGUGUGGAGCAUCCUGGCUCGCGCCCGUCGCCGUUCGGUCACGACACUACUCAUCCUCAACCUGGCUUGCGCCGACGGCUUCCUCAUGGCGCUCACAAUCUUUUUCAUCAUCUACUUGGCCAAGCAGAGUUGGGUGUUUGGGACGGCCAUGUGCAAGGGUCUCUUCUAUCUGUGCAAUGUCAACAUGUACGCCUCCAUCUUUCUUAUCACGCUGAUGAGCGUGCACCGGUUGGUGGUGGUGGUGCUACCACGAAGGACUUCAGCCAAGAUUAGCAGGAAGGUGGUACGCCGCAUCAUUCUGGGCAUGUGGCUUCUGGUAGCCGUUACAGCACUGCCCUCACUGGUGUUCCGGGAUGUUCGGGAGGACAAAGAUGAGCGGAACAAGACGCGACUAGUAUGCGCGCCCAACCACACACUCCCACGAUACGUGAGGUUUCAGUACUCUUUAGAGACCGUAGCGGGCUUCAUUUUGCCUUAUGCAGUCAUCAUCACGAGCUACGUGCUCAUCCUGAGACGCCUGCGAGAGACCAAGUUCCGCCGGAAAGUGCGCAGUGAGAAGCUUAUUCUGGCCAUUGUGGUGAUGUUCUGCCUGUUUUGGCUGCCGUACCACGUCAUUAACAUGAUACAGGUGGCAGCUGAAUGGUACAAAGAGGGAUCACCCAGAAGAGAAACCCUGGAAUACAUCUACCAGUCAAGUCGUGCCAUCACAUCGGCCCUGGCCUUCAUCAGUAGUUGUGCCAACCCAGUCCUGUACACAUUUGCCGGCAAGUCAUACAUUAGGAAGAACGGCUUGGGCUUCAUGGCACGUCUCUUCGAGGGGACGUCACUAGACCAGACAGCCACCAAGCGUGGGAAGGAUGUGACGCUUAGCGACGUGGACUCUGGCGCAGCAUCCUUGUCGGCACAAAAUGGACGAUGA